AUGUUGGUUCUCAGAGAAAAUGAUAUUUUAACCUUGCUGGGAGGCCUAUCCCCAGCGGACACCCGCGAUCUACUUGCCAAGUUCCAUAAUCUGUUAAGACAAUACAGUAACAGUGUAUAUCAGAAGUCAUCAGAAAGACUCAUACACCAACCGGAGAGAAUCUCAAUCGUUACUAAGAAUGGCAACACGGCCCUGUUCAUGCCAUCCUCGGUGACAACAUCGACGGGGGUCAAAGUCGUGACUGUCCCGGUGAAGGGAUUGAUUAAAGGGUCGAUAAAUGUCUUCUCCCCGGACGGCGACCUCGUUGGGGUCUUGAAUGCCGCAGAAAUAACGGCGUUCCGCACAUCAUUGGCGGUCAUGAUACCGUUUGAAUUGUACCAAGGAGACAAGAAAAACAUUAUUGUCUUUGGGGCUGGUAGGCAAGCGGAAUGGCACAUCAAGCUGGCACUUCUUCUAGCCGACGUCGACCAUAUCACUGUGAUCAACAGAUCGGGCCCAGGACGGAUCGGAGAGCUGUUCGAGACACUUCGAUCCAAUUAUCCGAAGACACAGUUCGAUAUCUUGCUCAAGCAUGAUCCAAAGUACAAUGCUUCGCUGGAAGCGCGUCUCAAAGACGCUGCAGUGGUCUUCUGCUGCACACCAUCCGUGGAACCCCAUUUCCCCGCGUCGUACUUGGACUCAAAGCAGAGAUUCAUAUCCUUGAUUGGCUCUUAUAAGCCUCACAUGCAGGAGAUUGAUGCAAAAACACUACGAUCGGGCGAAAGAAUCUACGUAGACACGAAGGAGGGAUGUCUUGUUGAAGCCGGGGAAUUGAUAAUGGCAAAUGUGAACGAAGCGCAGCUGCUUGAGAUUGGAGAGAUACCGAAUGGCACGGUUCUCAAGGACAGUGGUAAUGUGGUGUUCAAGUGCGUUGGUAUGGGUGUCAUGGAUGUUUUUAUGGCUUCAGAGUUGCUGGAAAUGGCAAAGGUGAAGGAUUUGGGCCUCACUGUUGAUGACUUCUGA